GUCCAUGCGCUCGUCCUGCUGAAAAGACAGCCUCGGUGGAUGGGUAUUUCGUUCAUCUAUACUACACGGCUGCCGAGACUAUGACGUCAGCGGACGCUCCAAAAGACCUCUUGAGCAUGAGCGAUGCGGCUCUGCGACAAGACCUCCUAGACAAACUGGUGGAUUCUCACCUCACCGGGCCUUGUUUGCAACUGAGAAAUGUUGAACCAAGUGAGCUUCCAACCAAAGAGCUCCCGCACGGGAACUUUUCUACACUAUUUCUGCUCUACCGAGCAUUCGCGCAAACAUCUGGAGAGAUGGCAGCCAGCCGGGCUACCUUUUACAAGGCUUGCAAGCGAUGGCGGCCAUGCUUAAGGUUUCAUAAACAAUCCAACCACAGCAAAUGCCUGACCUGCGUACGGCUACAGAGCAGGAUUGAAUCUUGUUCAGAUUUCCUGACACACGCGAAGCUCUCUGACGAGCUCCUGGGGCAUUUCGUACGUCAAUACCGUGACCGCCAUAUCUACUAUUUGGCCCGGGCAAGGGCCCGGACCCAGAAAGAUCUCCUAACCCUCAUUAUUGACUCCUACGACAAAGCUAAGUGCUCUUUGCCGAAGUGGUGCAAAUCCCGGGCUCCAAAGAAGAGUAUAUAUGAAGCCACAAAGCGCACAGCCAUCACACUCACCUGUGCCAUCUGUCACGGGUGGGGUAUUUACUUUUACCUGUCGGAUGAGGGGCUACCAGGAGGAAGCAACUGGACGCUAGAGGUGGUGCCUUGUUCAAAGAAUUUGUGUUGGAAGGCAACUUGA